AUGAUCGGAAGCUUGUUCUUCAUCUUCGACCGGCUGGUCGAGAUCGUCUUCUUGAUCCCGAUCAUUGGAAUGCUGGCCUACUUCAUCGACGGAUUCCUCAAAGCCAACCAAAUCACCCCAGUCUACAUCCUCGUUCUCUUCAUCGUCAGCGUCAUCGCCGUCUUCUGGUGCUUCGACACGAUGAUCCGCCACGCCACCACAAAGCGCUCCGCGAUCUUCGUCUCCUUUGUGGACCUCCUCUUCUUCGGCGCCUUCAUCGCGGGCGUCUACGAACUGCGCUUCAUCGCAAACGCCAACUGCGGCAACUGGCACGGCGACGGCGAAUACGCCUCGCUGGGUCCGUUCGGGCUCUAUGGCGCACAGACAGGGAACCCGCUGGCGAAGGAUAUGAACAAGACCUGUGCGAUGCUGAAGGCGAGCUUUGCGAUGGGGAUCAUGGAGGUGAUUUUCUUCUUCUGGUCGGCGAUCUGGGCGCUAUGGAUCUGGAGAGGUCAGCCUAGGCCCGUGGCGAGGAAGGAGGUUAGUUCGUCGUCGUCGAGGCGCAGGAGUCAUAGUAGUCGGCGGGGACAUGGCAGUCGGGCGAGGAGCUCGAGCCGGCGGCCACAUUACGUCGUCUAG